UCAGCAGGGCGCUGUCACCCUAAAUAGAUUUAGCUCCUAGCACAGUAGGAAUACGUGCUUUAAAUCUUACAUUGAUAUAUGACCCUGUAAGCAUAGCCAAUUUAAACUGCUUGUUGGGUGUGAUAAAUAUUACAAUCAUUUCAGCAACACAUUUCGCGCUCGCUCUAUUUGCACAGUACAUGCUUGUUGCCACCUCACGUAAUGUUGAUUCCAAACAUAUUCCAUACUGAUGGUUGUAAAACUGGCUUAGAACUUCACUGUAAGUUGUAGUGUCCCAUUCUAAAACCUUGUUGGUUAUGAUGGAGUUGUUGAUAAACCUUUGUAAAGUACGUUUGAGGGCGCCUAGCCAAGCUCAACAAUACACAGCGGACACACCUGUCUCGCUGGUCCCGUUGUUUAUUUGUUUGUAUCAAAUUUAACGUCUUUGUUCUCCGUCGCGCGUUGCGUUUCCCCAAACUAUUCAGUCCUUUCACGCGAUCAAUCUCCAGAAGAAAAGACCACCAGGGUCCUACAGAACUCUUCCCUCCCCCUAUCAACAACGUGAUUUUUUUUCUCCAGACAAACGUGUCUUACAACUCAUUAUAGUCUUUGGCCCUUCGCAGUGGUUCGAAAAUCGGCGACAACAUUUACCACCAGCAAAUAGGACGUAUUGUUACUCAUGGUAUUGUGACUACCCUUAAGAACGGACUGUCAGGUACUUUUGGCAGCCUGUGUACUCAAGUCACUGUUCCCCGUAUACAGUCUCCGUCACGCCAUGCCCGUGAAUCGCCGCUGAUCAGUCCAUCCCACCCCGCCACUACUCGGACUCAAAGCCGCCAGCUUGACCCUCAUUCACCUGACACCGCCAGCCACUCACCGCGUUUCCUUGGCGAAGAAGACCCCGGGCUGCGGUUGUCCCGCUAAAUCCAAGUCUCCCUUUUCAAAGUUCGUGAGUUUAUGGAUUACGAUAUGCAAGCAACUCUUAUGGAGGCGUAAUGGACACAAGAAAGGGAGAUUAGGAAGAAAAGUGCCAUUUGAAGAGGAUUGCAAAAUGGCUUCUUUAGACAAAGCAACAAAGGAGUAUACCUCUGAACACUUUGAAGUCAAGUCUAAGGUAAGAUAAUCGGCACUGUAGUCAUUUCAAAAUGGCCGCCCUUGACGUGAUGCAGCAGCCCGUGGCCCCGGCCAUGAGCCUGACCAUGGGAGACAUCGCGUCCAGAGUGUCGUCAGACGACAGCGGCAAGAGAGAGAUGAACCUGUGCCGGUGUGACCUGGUCACCGUGCCCCUCCAGGUCUACCAGUUCAAGGACGUCGUGACCUUGGACUUGAGUUACAACAAGAUCGCGCGGAUCACGCCCGACAUAGCGGACAUGAGGUCGCUCGAGGUUCUACUGGUGAAGGAAAAUCUCAUCAAAUCUCUGCCGUUAAAGAUGGCUUCCCUGGUAAAGCUCCGGCGCGCUGACUUUUCAAACAACCGUCUAGUCAAGGCUGUACCCGAAGUACUUCUUGGCAUGAAUAAUCUAGAAGAGCUGGAUCUUUCCGGUAACCAACUCACGACGUUCCCGGAGAAGCCGAGGCUUAAGAGAGUCACCAAGUUAAACUUGUCUCGGAACAGGUUCGUGUCCUUCCCGAAGGCCGUACUGGGCAUGCGCGCUCUGAUUGAACUUGACGUAUCGUUCAACACUAUGAGGGAAAUGACUGACGACGAGGAGUGCCGCAUGAGGUUCCUCAAACGACUGGACGUGAGCCACAACGAGCUGCCCUUUCUACCUCGAUUCAUACUUGACCUUAAGAGUCUCGAAGUCUUGGAUGCUUCGGCUAACAAACUCCGGAGGGUGUCGGAUGGACCCUGCCACCUGUCAAAACUCAGAAGAAUCAAUCUUUCUCAGAACGAGUUCCAGUCUGUUCCCAAAAUCGUGUCUCUACUGAAAGGAGUGGAAGAUAUUGACAUUUCGAACAAUCAGAUGGCAGACUGGAUCGUAGAGGGUAAAAUCUAUGGUGCCACUAGCGUCAAGAGAUUGAAGAUGUCAGACAACAGGUUUGAAACGCUUCCUGAAAUUGUAGAGAAACUAGAGAGAUUAGAAAUCUUAGACGCGUCGAACAAUGCGAUCAAGGAAAUGCCUUACGAAUUGGAGUGUACCAAGCGUCUCAGGAAACUCAACUUGGCCGGUAACAAGUUCGUGCAAAUCCCUGCAGUUGUGUUGAGCCUCGUCGUGUUGGAGGAACUGGACAUGUCGAACAACCAUAUAGCAGAUGUGGCAGAGGAGGAAUGCCUCAUGAAGAGGUUGAAGAAAGUAAACGUUGAGCGGAACUGUCUGACCUCCAUACCCGCGUUUCUCCUCCAGAGGAGCAAGUUGAUAGAACUGGACAUUUCGGACAAUAAGCUGUUCACUACGACUCCUACCGGCCAGGCACCAAAGUGGGGGAAGUUGAAGAUCCUCUGUCUACAGAACAACUUCCUGAGCUCCAUCUCGGACCUGCUCCCCAACAUGGGCGAGCUACAGGAACUAAAUGUCAGCAACAACAACUUGAGCACUCUGAAGGGCAUCAAGGGAAGAAAACGUCUGAAGAAGGUACAGCUUCGCAACAAUCAGUUCGAGGCCUUCCCUAAGGAGCUGACUUUGCUACAUGAGCUUGAGGAACUUGAUCUGGGAGAAAACGACAUCGAUUGGCUGCCCGUGGACUUGAAGUUCCUGUCGAAACUCAGAGUUCUUCUCGUGGAUGGUAACAACAUUGAAGCCUUGCCGAACGCCAUCUUGGAAAUGGCGGGACUGACAGUGCUCACGGUAAAGGACAACCCCCUCCGCCAGCCUCCCAUAGACGUCUGCAACGAAGGUUUGCCCAUGAUAUACGAGUAUGUGACGGAGAUGAAGAGAACGGGGAUCGCGCAGAUGCCUCAUCACAAGGUGGUGGUGCUGGGAGGACCCGGCUCAGGGAAGUCCAGCUUGGUGCGGACACUUCUGCAGAGUGAGUCUCACCUGACAGGAGAGGACGACGAACCGUUCUACCCAGAGAACCCCACCGUCCCGGAGAGUCAUCUGUGGACGUUUGACGAGUUCGAAGUGGAAUUGGUGGACACCAGCGGUUUCGACUACUUCACCGACCGGCUGGUUAUUCCUAAGAACGCCCUGUAUUUGGUCUUGUUCAACGCACACGAGUACGUCAGUUCGAAGUACAGACAGGCGGUCGGGAACUGGCUGGAGCUGCUGAACGCUCGCGUGCCGCAGUGCCGAGUCCUUCUGGUCGGCACUCACAGCGACUUCUGCACAGCCAAAGACUUCGCCGCCAAGCACGUGGAAAUCAUGGCGCGCAUCCAGCAACAAGAGCAGCACCUCAUAUCGGACCUGCAGACCAAAGCCAAAGACAUCAACGACGCUAUGAAAAGCCACAGUAGACUGGAACCGUCCAACGAACUGUACGGCUUGAACAGGGAGAUGCUGUUGGAGAGACGACAGGAGCUGGAACAUUUCAUCCGCAAUCGCUGCAGCUUGCCGAGCAAAGUGUUCGCGGUCAGCUCCUCACCGGAGCUAGCUGGUCUGGACGACUUAGCAAACGAGAUCGUCGGCUUCAUGAUGAAGGAGAAGAAGCCAGCUAACAGCGAGGCCUUCCCGGUGCCGUGGUCAUGGAGAGAGUUGUACACCGUCCUGAAGAGGCACGGGGAGGGGAGGCAAGUCAUGACAUGGGACGAAGUAGAAGAAGUCGCCCGAGAGCUGACAGGUCUCAGUGGCCCAAAGUUGGAAAUCGCAAUCAGGUUCCUUCACCACAGACGGGACAUCUUCUGGUUUGGCGCCGAGAUUGAGUCUCCUCUCCUGAGCGACCUGCUGUUCCCCAACCCUACACAGUUCUUCAAGGUCAUCAAGGUCAUCUUCCUGUUCCUGCUCAGAGGUGACAUCGAGAAGCUCUUCGACUUCAACCACCCACGCUUCCGGUCAGCUGGCGUCAGGAACAUCAGUGAAGACGACUUCGAAGACCGCAAGGCGGAUUUCCUCAAACACGGCAUCCUCGACGAGACGAUCCUGCGCUUCCUGUGGAGCCAGUUCGGCGAUCUGUACGGGGACAUCUUGUCUGGGGUCAUCGCCGCCCUGCAGCAUCUCGGCCUUUGGUACGUCACGACCAGCCGGUCCGACAACAGAGUCAUGCACGUCCCGUGGUACUUCUCGGACGACGCCAAGGCGACACACUACGAGCUGUUCUGGCCACCGAGGGUACCGGAGGACACCGAACAACUCACCAUCAUCUUUGGCUUUAGACAGUGGUAUCCGACGGGCUUCUUUGAAGCAGCCAGUGUCCGUAUGCAGGAGUACAUCGAUCCGGUGGCUACCCGUGCGGACUGGAAGGAUGGGGUCCUGGCGACGACACCCUCCCGGAUGAGAGUCUACCUGGGCCGUAGGGCAGCGGAGAGCUCCGCGGUGGUGGAGCUGGCCAUGCGAGGGGACAGCUUCGAGAUAGACACCAUGUGGACGGAAAUCCUCAGAAUCUAUCGGGGAGUGGCUGCUCUACUGACCAGCUGGCCGGGCCUGAGGCACGAUGUCUAUCUGGUCUGCCCCCACUGCGUCAAGCGCAACAUUGAGAUGCCACACAUGUUCUACAAGGAGGUUCUCCGCCAGCCUCGUGGCAAGAGGCGUGUGAUCUGUCCCAGGGCCGCCGGGGGCUUCGUGGAUCCCAAACUUGUGUUCCCGCCGGAUGAAGAGACGGGAGGACUACGGAGAUAUGUGGUCAACACGCCAAAGACUCCUGCAGUCGACAUCAAACCAAAGAUGACUACAGUGAUCCCACAGCUGGACCUGGGCAGUGGUGUGGAGGUGGUCAUACAGCCUGACCCAGUACCGUCCCUCCUGCCUCUGACGGCCGCGGUCGGUGAGGACAGGUACCGGGAGAUCCUCAUGCAGCACCGGGCUACUAUCAUACAGGAACUAAACGUUCGGCCCCUACGAGACUACCUGGUCCAGAGGAAGGUUCUGAAGCCGGCUGAGUUCCAGGUUAUCCUGACGGAGCUCACCAAUCAGGACGAGGCUGCCAAGCUCAUCCACAUGAUCAUGGCGCGAGGACCGCGGGCCUUCAACGUGUUCUGUGCCGCCCUGCAGCGGUGCGGGUACCCGGGACUCGCUGCCAAACUGCUCAGGCCUAUCGCCACCAAGACAGAGCUGAAGGUGCCAUCCGUUCGUCUGAAGGACCAACAGUCGUCCCUGGCGUCCAUGUCCAGCUCUGUUAAGGACCUGUCUCUGGGCGAGUCGACUAUUUCCCCGGGGAUCUCCAGCAGCCUGCACGCCCCAAGCACCAUCGGGCGGCUCCCCAUGGUCAACGACUACGUCGCCAAGUCGUACGACGACAAAGGUAUUGAGGCACAACACAAGCUGGCGCUGCAACGUCACCGCCUGACUAUCAUACGUCACCUGGACGUGCGCGACAUCCGGGACUACAUGCUGAAGAACCACGCCAUCAGGGAGGCAGACAUGGCCGCCAUACUGACACAGCUCACCAGACAGGACGAAGCCGCCAAACUCGUGGACAUCCUGAGCGAAAGGCCUGAACAUGGCUUCCCGAUAUUCUGCAAGGCACUUCAGAAGUACGGCUACCCGGCUUUAGCGAGACAGCUGACAAGACCAACCCAUCUACCAUCAGUGAGAGCUCGCCCAAUGAGAGGACUGCCUCCACGUGGAAGGCACUAUGGAACAUUACCGCCAUGGGGCAAUCGUAAGAAGGGAAACUUGGGAGCCAGGGCGAUGCCGUUCCAGGCCAACCUGGGGAAGAGACGAGGCGGCGGCAGCAUCACCCUGGGAAGACUGCCCCCUAUCGACAAGACUAGCUCAUCGUGGGAGACAGUGACUUCUGCUGAUGUCAUGGACAUGUCACACUAGAUGCCUCCGGCAAAAUCCUAUUUUUUUUCAUUCCCAUGUUGGUACACAUGCAUGUUGACGAACUUCGUCAGUGGUAAUAUUGAAGAGAUUUAUUGUUAAGAAGCCAUAGUUGCCAGGGCUACAUUGCUGCUCAGGAUGAUUUGAUCAACACUGUCUUAUUGUUCGAGACGACAGUGUCGCAAGUAAUUUAGGAGGUGUCUGUUGAGAUAUGGUAGUACUGCCAAUCUUUAGACUGAUUUAUGUACGAAUGAGUUUGCAUACCAAUUUUGAUACAUAUGUAAAUGUAUAUACAUGUAGCAAUGUACAUAAUGUUGUUUUUCAGGUUUGCCCAGAGCUGCUACUGUAGAUUUUCCUGUUUGUGUAGUUGAUUGUUACAUGUUAAUAUAGAUCGAAAGUUACAGAGAUUAUUUUCAAUACAAUGUACAUGAAAUGAG